CAAUUUUCUUGAUUGUAAGCUAAUUUUUCAUGGCCUCUUUUCACCAUAGAUGGAGCUUGACAAUGUUCUUGGUGGUUGCAACAUUAGCAAUCAUCGAUCGAGUAAAUGGCGCGGGCUAUGGUGACACCCCUAGCGGCUUUCAAGCAACAGCUUGGCAACCCUCUCAUGCUACGUUCUAUGGCGAUGAGAGUGCUUCAGCUACCAUGGGGGGAUCUUGUGGAUUUGGAAAUUUGGUCACAUCAGGUUAUGGAACAGAUACAGCAGCAUUGAGCUCAGUAUUAUACAGCAAGGGAUUUGCAUGUGGACAAUGUUUCCAAAUAAAAUGUGUGCAGUCAGACUCUUGCUACUCAACAAUUGUAACAGUGACAGCAACAAAUCUCUGUCCACCAAAUCCUGCACAAGACAGUAACAAUGGUGGUUGGUGUAAUCCACCUAGAACACAUUUUGAUAUGGCCAAACCUGCUUUCAUGAAAAUUGCUCAAUGGAAGGCUGGAAUUGUCCCUGUUUCUUAUCGCAGGGUACCCUGUGUUAAAAAAGGUGGAAUCAAGUUUAGUCUUCAAGGAAAUGGGUAUUGGUUAUUGGUAUAUGUGAUGAAUGUUGGUGGAAGUGGAGAUAUUGCAAGUAUGUGGGUGAAGGGAACUAAAACAAGUUGGUUAGCUAUGAGCCAUAAUUGGGGAGCUUCAUAUCAAGCAUUUGCAACUCUAAGUGGCCAAACACUUUCGUUUAAGAUCACUUCUUACACAUCUAAAGAAACAAUUAUAGCUACUAAUGUUGCACCUUCUAGUUGGCAAGUAGGAAUGACUUAUCAAGCCAAUGUCAACUUCAACUAA